AUGGCCGUAUUCAAGGGCGUGGCGCCACUUCGCAACUUUUUCAACGUAAUUUACCUAGUAACUUUUGACAGGUGUUUUAGAAUGUCAGCAAGUGAUUUGGUGAAAAAUAGCGAAGAAACGAGUUCUUCAAUACCAACAACUGAAGACUUUGCUUCCGAUCCACACGCACACUUUGUUGAAGCAACGGGUAAAUGGGUAUAUACAAACGACGACGGUUCUACCUGGGAAUAUGACGAAUCGCAACAACAAUGGCAACAAGUGGACGAAGAUAUUUUAGUGAAAACUCAACAGCUUGCCUAUGCGGUUCCUGGUGUUGACGAAAGCGAACCUGCUGCUCCAGUACGGGUUAAACGAAAAAAUGUAUAUACCAUCGAUGAUGUACGUGGUCCAAAAAUAAAACUCUAUAAAGAUGAUCAGAAUCGUCUUAAAGGUGAUGCACUUGUGACUUAUUUAAAAGAAGAAUCUGUAACUCUAGCUUGCCAAUUAUUGGAUGAAACUGAUCUUCGCCCGGAUGAAGCUUCUAAAAUACGAGUGCAAAAGGCACAAUUCAAAGAGAAGGAUCCAAAAUCUUCAGUAGAAGGUCAAGGUAGUGAUCAGAAUAAAAAUAUUAAUGGAAAAUCUGAUAAACGAAAGGUCCAAAAAAAGCUGCAGCAACUUGAAAAAAAAUUGGACUGGUUCGAAGUUGAGCCCGGGAAAAAAGCCGAACGCUAUAACAAAAUAGUAAUUUUAAAACAUAUGUUUACAUUGGAAGAACUGGAGGAAGAUGUUGGUUUGAUUCUUGAUUUGAAGCAAGAAAUCCGAGAAGAGUGUGAAAAAUUAGGUGAAGUUACGAAUGUUAUCCUUUAUGAUAAAGAACCGGAUGGCGUUGUUUCGGUGAAAUUUAAGGAACAAGUUAGUGCUGAAGCAUGUGUGCUGAAGAUGAAUGGUCGUUUUUUUGCUGGUCGUCGAAUUGAAGCACAAAUUUUUGACGGAAAGCAAAAGUUUCAAAAAACUGGUGUCGCCUCUAAAGAGACAGAUGAAGAGGAAUCGGUUAGAUUGGAAAAAUAUGCUAAAUGGUUGGAACAAAAUGAUAAUAAAUAA